GUCGCCUCGAAAGCCCAAGAGACACGUUACGCUUCGAAAUACCAUCGGUUUACCAAAUAUUCCACCAGCUUUUUUUCUAGCACAUUCUCCAGUCAUUCAGUGCGCUCAUACAUCACAGAAGUAGAAAGAUCCUUUGCUGCGUUUGAUCAAUGGCCGACCCGGUGGAAAUCUGUGUUAAAGCUGCAUCCGGUGCUCCGGAUGUCCUUGGAGACUGUCCCUUUUGCCAAAGGGUGCUUUUGACCUUGGAGGAGAAGAAAGUUCCCUACAAGUUACACCUAAUCAACUUCGAUGAUAAGCCUAAAUGGUUCUUGGAAUUGAGCCCAGAAGGAAAGGUUCCAUUGGCUCAGUUUGAUGGCAAAUGGAUUGCUGACUCUGAUGUGAUAGUUGGCAUCAUCGAAGAGAAAUACCCAGAACCUCCUCUCUCCGCUCCCUCGGAAGUCUCAUCUGUGGGUUCGAAGUUAUUCCCUUCUUUUGUAAAGUUUUUGAGGAGCAAGGAUCCCAAUGAUGGCACAGAGCAGGACCUACUUGAAGAACUAAAGGCAUUGGAUGAACACCUGAAAACUCAUGGGCCAUAUGUCAAUGGAGAAAAGAUUUGUGCAGUUGAUUUGAGUUUGGCACCCAAAUUGUAUCAUCUCGAGAUAACUCUUGACCAUUUCAAGAAUUGGAAAAUCCCAGAAAACUUGACUCAUCUGCGUAACUACCUGAAGGUAUGAGAUUUCUUGUUAAUGCAAGUGUCUGUCUUCUGAUAUGUGACAUAUGUAACAUAUGUUUUCAUAUCCCUGUGCUUUUUUCACCCUUCCCGCAUCUGUUUGUGCUUAUUACUAUUAUUUGUUGUGUGGUUGGUUGAGAAAGAGAAUGGUUUUGAACUCAGUUCCGGAGUUAUUUCCAUUUACUUUAAGUCAGAAUUUUCUAACCCCUGCAUCUGUUGUUCCUUUCCCGAUAAUGUUAUUCCUUGAGUCGGUAAAACUCUAAUAAAUCUAAGAAAACCAAUAAUUUUUAGCAUGGGUUGAUGAAUGUUGCGUACAUUCUUGAUUUGAUUUUUUGUGCCUUUAAACAGCUGCUCUUUUCUGCGGAGAGUUUUGCGAAAACAAAGGCCGCAAAAGAGUACGUGAUUGCAGGAUGGAAACCCAAAGUUGAGGCAUGAAUUAUCUCUAGAUUAUGAAGCAUUAUGGUAUUGCUACUUAGUUUGGGGCAUCGUUUUCUCUGAUAGUUUCAAGUUCUGCUUCUGGACUUCAGAGAUCUUAAUAAACAUUGUAGCAUAUUUGUGAACUACGAGUACAGGUACAUGUUUGUUCCUAUUUGGAGAAAGGCGAUUAUCGGCUAGAUGUUUGUGUUUUAUUGUUUAAGAAAUGUGUGAACAGUUUUCCAGUUGGCACAGCAUUAAACCUCCUUUAACAGUAUAAUAUUGUUGUCUUUGAGAUCAUAAUGUUCCUGUUUUAGUGAUUUAUUUGAAGUGAUAGGGUCUCAAUUACUCAUCAUCAUAAGCUGCACUAAGGUUAUUAAAGAAUAUGUCCUUAGUUGGGAUUUUGGGAUUCUCUCAUGAAUUUUCCUUCUCUCACACCGA